AGUUCGCCGGCUCCAUUCAAUCCAAACGGUCGCGAACACGACUUAGAAACGAUCGUCUCGUUGAUUUCGUCCGCACGUCGCAGCGUUUGUGUGGCUGUUAUGGAUCUUAUACCUCAGACGUUGUACAUGGGACCCAAUAACAGCUACUGGCCCGAUAUUGACGAUGCGCUCCGUUCGGCUGCUUUUCGAGGUGUAGCUGUGAGGCUUUUGGUCAGCCACUGGAAUCACUCUCGCCCAGCCGAGCUAGCGUUUCUCAGAAGUCUAGUUGCAAUUAACGAUGGUUUGCCGGCGAAAACAGGACACAGCGGAAGCAUCAGUGUGCGAAACAGCAAAAAUACUCAAUUCGCACGUGUAAAUCACAACAAAUACAUGGUUACCGAUCGAACAGCCUAUGUUGGAACAUCCAACUGGGCUGGUGACUAUUUCAUUUCGACGGCAGGUGUGGGUGUGGCCAUGACCAGUGUCGGAGGAAAGGGUGUUGUUCAGCAGCUACAAGCUGUUUUCGAUCGAGACUGGAACUCACCCUAUGCAGCUGAUCUUUGA